UUGCUUUUCAGGUUUGCCUUCAUAGCCUCACCCUUCUACACAUAAGUCUCCAUUCACAGGCUUACAUGGUCUUUCACAAAACAAGAAGAUCAUGUGGAGGAAAACAAGUAGAUUGAUAUAAUUGUUGUGCAGUGGGAUUCACUACAUAUAUUAAAUGUGGGUAUCUAGAGAUACCAGAACUCUUAAUUGCCUUUUGGUUUGUUGUUCCAGUUGGAUGGCUCAGAUUGCAUCAAGAUACCAACUAACCUGUAAAAGGUUGACUCUGGUACUACCUUAUUUAAAUUAUUUAACUAACUCAUUUAAGUAUUCUUUUGCACUGCUGUAUAUGUCAGACAUUGAAAUAGGUCACUGCCACUGGAUUUUUGUUUUCUUCUUACCUUUUAUGGGAAUGGAAAGGAAGGGAAUGGCUCUGCAGUCUAGGCAGCUAAGAUUUCUGUUGUAUUAUCAGUAAUUUAUAGAAAAGAGAGAAGUAAUUCUAGGCUUAUUGGUCCAGCUCAUAGAGUUGAUAAGAUAGAAAUGCUAGCUUUGUGUUGAAAGGAAAGAAAAUCAAGAAAACAAAAGAGAGGAGGAAGGUUUUCAAGUGAGUUGUCAAGUACAGGAAAAACUCUCUACUGUAUUGACAAAAAGGUCAGAAAUCACUAGCUUGUGAACCAAGAUCUCACUCUAUCAGUAGAGGCUGAAGGAAAUCCAAGAGAUUUUGGUUGUUCUGUUCUGGCUUUUCUUUCUUCUCGGGAAAUGGGAAUUUGCAAAUGCUUGCUUUUCUCAGCUUGUUAUAUAUAUAUAUAUAUAUUGCAGCAAUCAUGACUCCAUAAAUUCUGUGAAUGAAUGAUUCAAAAUCUGUGUUCUUACCUCUCUCUCUCCUUUCCAUCAUAAUCACAACAUCAUCAUUUAAGGACUUGAAAUCAUGAUGAAGGAGAGAUACUUGUGUUUUGUGUUAGCAGCAUUGCAAGUCUUGAGUUGGGCUUCAAGCAGGAAUUUUGCUCCAAAUGAUGGUCUUUCUGUUCAUCAAUCAGUAAAUGCUUUGUCAGGCCGGAAAUCAGAGUCUUUACAAGGUGCCUUUGGCACACAAUUGCCCUCAAAAGAGGUCUCUCCCUUGACAAGCAUGGAAGGGGCAGAUGAAGAAGCAUAUGCUAAUGGGAAGAGAAAGAUAGGGUCAAGUCCACCAAGCUGUGAGCACAAGUGUUAUGGGUGCAUUCCCUGUGAGGCCAUUCAAGUGCCCUCCACCAGCAACCAUUUGGGGGUCCAGUAUACCAAUUACGAGCCCGAGGGCUGGAAAUGCAAGUGCGGCCCGACCUUUUACAGCCCAUGAACCCAUUUCAUUGUACAUCAACAGAGUUGCUCAUCCCAUUGUACAAAAGUGCACUUCUGGUUCA